AUGGAGAAGAGUCUCUUUUCUGUGUGCAAACAAUCUUCUUCUCUCCCUUUGUUAGCUUUGUUCAACUUUUUCCUCAUCGGAUUUUGCAGAUGGGUUUCUUCUGCUCGCAUCGUAUUAUCCAGAUUCUUCCCUCUUCUUCAACACCAUCAACGUGUUUCCGACAAAAACAACAAAGAUCAUGAUUUCUCAGACCAGAAACAUCAGAGUUUGAUCAAACACACAGAACAAGAACAAGAUGAUGAUGCUCUGACUCUGUCUAGAGAAGACGCAGAGAUGGUUAUGAAAAGCUUAGGGCUUUUCUCCUACUCAGAAACCGAUGAGCUUCAAGAACGGUACAGUUCCAAGGAGAUUUCGAGUUUGUUCGAAGAGAAAGAGGCGAGCUUGGAGGAAGUGAAGCAAGCUUUUGACGUGUUUGAUGAAAACAGAGAUGGUUUCAUCGAUGCUACAGAGUUGCAGAGAGUUUUAACAAUAUUAGGUUUCAAAGAAGAAUCUUAUAUUGAGAAUUGCUUGGGCAUGAUUAGAUCAUUAGAUGGAAAAAAAGAUGGAAAAAUCGAUUUUAAAGAGUUUGUGAAAUUCAUGGAGAAUAGCUUCUACUGA